AUGGCGGACCUGGGGAAGAAAUAUUGCGUUUACUGCCUGGCCGACGUGACCAGCCUGCGGCUCCGCUGCACCGAGUGCCAGGACAUCGAACUCUGCACCGACUGCUUCUCGGCGGGGGCGGAGAUCGGCAAUCACCGGCGGUGGCACGGAUACCAGCUGGUGGAUGGCGGCCGCUUCGCCCUGUGGGGGCCCGAAGCCGAGGGAGGCUGGACCAGCAGGGAAGAGCAGCUGCUGCUCGAUGCCAUCGAACAGUUCGGGUUCGGCAAUUGGGAGGAUAUGGCUGCACACGUGGGUGCAAAUAGGACUCCUCAAGAGGUGAUGGAACACUAUGUCAGCAUGUACAUCCAUGGCAACCUUGGAAAAGCAUGUAUUCCUGACAGCAUUCCCAACAGAGUUACUGAUCACACGUGUCCUACUGGUGGUCCAUUGUCUCCUAGCCUGACCACACCACUGCCACCAUUGGACAUAACUGUGGCAGAACAGCAACAGCUGGGUUAUAUGCCCCUGCGGGAUGACUAUGAGAUAGAAUACGACCAGGAUGCAGAGACUUUGAUCAGUGGGUUGUCUGUAAAUUAUGACGACGAUGAUGUUGAAGUAGAACUUAAGGAAUCUUAUGUACACAUGUAUGUUCGAAAACUCAAAGAGAGGCAGAGGAGGAAAAACAUAGCAAGGGAUUAUAAUCUAGUUCCUACGUUUCUGGGGAAAGAUAAAAAAGAUAAAGACAAACCUGUGAAACGGAAAAUAUCUAAAGAGGAGAAAGAGCUCAGGUUAAAACUGAGGUCACUCUUUCAGUUCAUGUCAAACAAAGAAAUAGAAGACUUCUUUGAGAACAUGCAUAAGGAAAGGAUGCUUCGUGCAAAAAUCCGGGAACUUCAGAGGUACCGGAGAAACGGGAUUACUAAAAUGGAAGAAUCUGCCGAAUAUGAAGCUGCGAGACAUAAGAGGGAAAAGCGAAAAGAGAACAAAAACACAACAAGUUCAAAGAGAGGUAGAGAAGAGGGAAAGGAAGGAGAAUUUGCUGCCAUUGAGAACCUUGCUGGGUUUGAACUAUUAUCUGAUAGAGAGAAGGUUCUCUGCAGCUCCCUGAACUUGAGUCCUACCCGCUACCUCACUGUGAAAACUAUAAUAAUUAAAGAUCACCUACAGAAGAGGCAGGGAAUCCCAUCAAAAAUCCGCCUACCCAGCUAUUUAGAUAAAGUCUUAAAGAAAAGAAUUUUAAACUUUUUAACGGAGAGCGGCUGGAUAUCUAGAGAUGCCUCUUGAUAAUGGGCUUUAGUUCUUCAGAGACCUUUGACUUUAAUGCACAAACUCUGUCUGGAGCUAACCUUUACCGUUAUGGUGAACGAUCACUUUUAAUAUUUGUGCAGGUUUUGUACUGUGGUAAUAUUGUUCCCAUGUUGUGCCAUCCAUGUAUAAUUCCUUUUGCUGUGCUUCAUACACGGACAUGUUUGACCUACUUUUUUAGUAGAACUUUGUCAGUGUACACAAGUACAGUAUUGAGGUUUUACUGUUUGUAGUUAACUAAUGUUGCUCAGGAAUGACUUCAUGGUCACUAUAAGUUUAGGAUGGCCGAGGUUGUGCUUUGUGGCAGUUCCUGUAUGUCAUUUAGAAGAGGAAUGUUGCAUCUUGCCUCCUUCCCUCUUGUGUGAUUGACCUCGGUUUCUGCCAAUAGGUGUAAUCUUGCAAAAACUCCCAGCAUUACAGCCCUGAACUUCUCCACAAAACACCUGAUCUUUACAUUUUACACCAAGGUGGUGGUUUAUAUAAGAGCUUGUUUCACUAAUAAUUUGACUCUGGCAUCAUUGCAUUCAGGUGACUAAUGGGGAAACACACCUGUUCUUACAAGUGCUGAAUUACAAGUGAAUUUUCCAAAGUGUAUUAAGGAAACUGCAUUAUUUUUUUUAUUUUUAUUUUUUUAAACUCCCUGGAUUUUGAUUGGACCAUGAUUCACUUUCCAUGAAUACCCAGAUAUAAAUGUAUCUGAGGCCAACUCUCUUAAUUGAAAAUGAUGUAGUAUAUGUUAUCAUUCUUUCUAGUGGACUGUGUACAUGAAUGAAAGAAGAAAAAGGAGUUAGUCUUUAAGGCAUUAUUUAUCCGUUCGAAGUUUAAAUAGUUAUAGAUCUCUCCUCUUGUUUAUUUGGAGAGAUCUGUAAUGUCUGCCUUAUAGAAAUGCUUUUGUUUUUAUGAAUUUUGUGCAUUUAAACAAGUGUCUUUCAAAAGAAAACUGUGCCAAACAUUAGGACAUUUUCCACUAGGGCAGUUAAAUAUUAGGCGUGGCUAGGUAGACCUAUCUAUUUAGGGGCCAUUUGUCCCCCAAGCCUUGCUCAGUAUUAAAUGCCAAACUGUGUCUGGUAUCUUUAAUAUCUGUUAAACUGCUACACUUGCAAUAGUAAGUAGAUGUAUGUUACAUACCCAAUGAUGCUUGGUCUACUGGGCAUUCGUGUGAUCUCAUGCGCAAGCUCAGGGUAGGACAUAAGGUAGGGUUUCUGUGUGCCGCUAUCUUAGAAACCAUAAUAUGGCAGCGCUGGGAAAGAAGACCCAAUGGGAUCGGCACAUGGUGGGAUCCCUUGGCUGGGGGCUGAGGGAGUUAUUUAGUGUUUGAGCCGCUUCAAGGGUGGAGGUCUGUAGCUUCUACAUGUAUGUAAACCAGCAUUUUGCAUUAUAUUAUUGCUUCUUUGGCU